AUGACGACACUCAUGAAGGACCCCGGCGAGACUUCUCUCGCCAAGUUGUUGUCGACGCUGACAACCACCCUCCACCCAACCACAUACGUCUUCGCCACUAUUAGCGAUGGAGCCGCGCUGCCGCCCCUGGGCGAGAUCCAGCUGCUGUUCCGCGAAUCCGAGGGCAUCACGGUGAUUACCAGCAAAGAGUACGCGACGGCCAACAGCAUUGAGUACUUCUUCCCAUGCAAGAUGAUUACUCUGAACGUUACGUCAAGCUUGGAGGCGGUUGGGUUCAUGGCGGUGCUCGCGACCCGGCUGGCCACGGCCAACAUGGGGGUCAAUCCAGUGAGCGGGUUUUAUCACGAUCAUCUGUUCGUGCCGCUAGGCAGAGAAGAGGAAGCGGUGGAAAUGCUGCGACAGGUUGCGGAGGAAAAGCGGCGAGAGACGGCCGGGGCUGAGUGA